AAUUAUAUAUAUACCUGCAACAAUGAAGUUUAAUAAUAAACAUAUAUGCAUCUAUCCGUCUUUCAUUUCUGAAAAAUAAUGGAGCUCAUCUAUUAUUUUCUCUUCCUCUUCUUCGUCUUCUUCUGCAUAUGCAUAUUAUGGGCAAAAUCAAAACCAGCAGCAAAGCAAAAGUUGCCCCCAGGUCCAUGGAAAUUACCCUUCCUCGGAAGCCUCCACCAUUUAGCCGGCUCGCUUCCACACCGUUCUCUCAGAAAUUUAUCAAGAAAAUAUGGACCCAUAAUGCACUUGCAGCUGGGCGAGAUCUCCGCCGUCGUCAUAUCGUCUCCUCAACUGGCGAGAGCGAUAACUAAAACCCACGACCUCGUCUUCGCCAGCCGGCCAAAGAUGAUGGCGCUGGAUAUCGUGUUUUACGAAUCCACAGACGUCGUGUUUUCGCCCUACGGAGAUUACUGGAGGCAAAUGCGCAAGAUAUGUGUGUUGGAGCUCUUGAGCACGAAGAUGGUGAAAUCCUUCUGUUCUCUCCGACAGGAAGAGCUCUCGAACCUCGUAUCGUCGAUAAGGUUGUCGUCGGAGACAGGGUUUCCGAUCAACUUGACGGAAAAGGUGAGUUGGUUCACGAGCUCGGUUAUUGCUAAGGUCGCGUUUCGGAGAGUGCGGUGUGAAGAUCAAGAAAAGUUCAUUGCCCUUAUGAAACAAGUGGUCUCCUUGGCUGGGGGGUUUGAUUUGGGCGAUUUGUUCCCGUCCAAGAAGUGGAUUCAUUACAUUAGUGGGAUGAAACCCAAGCUGUUGAAGGUGUACUAUGAGAUGGAUAAGAUUUUUGAUGUCAUCAUUGGAGAGCACAAAGAGAACCACCUAGCAAACAGAAAUAAUAGUAGUGGAAAAGAUGAAGAUAUAGUUGAUGUUUUACUAAGAGUGAAGGAAGGUGGGGAGCUUCAAUUUCCCAUCACAGAAGAUAACAUCAAAGCAGUCAUCAAUGACAUGUUCACUGCUGGGACUGACACAUCUGCCACAACAAUUAUCUGGGCAAUGUCUGAAAUGAUAAAGAGACCAAGUGUGAUGGCUAAGGCACAAGCCGAGGUGAGACAAGCUUUAAAGGGAAAGAAAACCUUUGACGACAAAGAUUUGGAAAACCUAACUUACUUAAAGCUUGUGAUAAAAGAAACCCUCAGACUCCACCCUCCAUUUCCACUUAUACUCCCUAGAGAAAGCAUGGAGGAAGCUAAGAUUGGCGAGUACAUUAUACCACCUAAGACUAGAGUCAUCAUUAAUGCUUGGGCUAUAGCAACCAAUCCUGAGAGUUGGGAAGAUCCAGAAAGAUUUCAGCCAGAGAGAUUUGAAAACAGUUCUGUGGACUUCAUGGGGAAUCACUAUGAGUUCAUACCGUUUGGUGCGGGGAGAAGAAUGUGUCCUGGAAUUUCAUUUGCUUAUACUAACAUUUCACAUUCCUUGGCUGGUUUACUGUACAACUUCAACUGGGAACUCCCCGACGGAAUUAGUCCUAAAGAUUUAGACAUGACUGAGGAAAUUGGUGUCAUUGCAUCCAAGAAAAUGGAUCUUUGCUUGAUUGCUAGGCCGUUUGUCGAUCUUUGAGCCUUGAAAUGAUUAUUGAUUUAAUUAAGUAUUUAUGUGUGC